UAUGCAUUUUUCUUCACAGAUUCACGCGUGAAAGAAAAAGAAGAGGGCAAAAAGAAUCUGCAUUCUCAAAUGGAUCCUUGACCACUGAGCUACUUUGAACACUUGAUAACUUAGUUUUUUUCUCUCGAGGCCAUCAGUGAUGUGCACAUGAUCUGGGUUUUCUUUUACUUUGAGGUGAAUUUUAAUAUUUGCAAGUAGUUGCAGAAAAAGACCCUGUUAAUGGAUGAUUCCCACUAUCUCUCUCUCACUUUCCCUCUCCUUUUAAACAGUUGGAACUUGGAAGAAGUUCAGUGCGGUUCCAUUUUCAUUCUCCCGCCAAAGAGAAGAAAAAAAAAUCGACAGCAGCACUUUUCCGAUGGACUGCUUGGCCCAGAAACUGGAUUCACUGCUACAAAGCGAAGCUGCCAUGUUUGAAGAAGCACGAAAUGAAGUCGAAGAGAUCAAGGCCGAGCUGGCUGCCAUGAAGUCAUUUCUGGAGGAUUCCGAGGAUCCAAAAGCUACCCACUCCAAAUCCAAGCAAACCCAUGUCGCCCAAGUCAGGGAUUUGGUCUACGAUGUUGAAGACAUCGUCGACGAGUUCAUCCACCACCGUAGCAAGUGGCAGAGCAGCAGCCUUGGUACCUUCUCCGGCUAUCUCCGGACGGCUCUCUUCUUCCCUCUCCUCUUCUGGGAGAGGAGACAAAUUGCCGCCAAGCUCAAGGAAAUCACUUCUUUGAUCAAAGCAAUUCCUGAGAGAAAUCAACGGUAUCAUCAGGCACUAAUUGAUGAUCAAGCAACAAGGAACACGGCCGUGUUCAAUGCAGAGUCGGCUCUGUUUCUGAAGGAGGAAGACCUCGUCGGAAUCGAACCAUUCCAGAAACAAAUGGUUGAAUGGCUCACCGGCGGUGAUAAAAAUCCCCGGCGGAAGACUAUCUCGGUGGUGGGGAUGGGUGGCUCCGGUAAGACCACUCUGGUUGCCAAUGUGUUCAAUUCUCCCGCCGUGAAACGCUGCUUUGACUGUGCUGCUUGGAUUACUGUCUCUCAGUCAUUUGCUAUCGAGGAUUUGUUGAGAAGCUUGAUCAAGGAAUUCGGGAUUCGGAAAAUGGAGCAAUUGAGCAGGAUGGCGUAUCGUGAGCUCGUCGAGAUGCUCGUGGAUUAUUUGGAACCGAAGAGGUAUCUAGUUGUGCUUGAUGAUGUUUGGAAUGCUAAUGUAUGGAGUCAGAUCAAAGUGUGGCUUCCGGAUGAAAAAAAUGGAAGCAGUGUCAUCGUGACGACUCGAAUUCAUGACAUCGCCAUGUACUCGUCUUCCUCCGAAGAUGGAAACAAUGUUUACAAUGUGAAGCCGCUGGAUAAAAACAAAGCUAUGGAGUUGUUCUGCAUCAGAGUUUUCUUCUCCUCCAAGAAAUGUCCUCCUCACCUUCAGAGUCUAGCUGCUGACAUUGUGGAGAAAUGUCAAGGCUUGCCCCUUGCAAUUGUGUCGCUGGCCGGUCUGUUAUCGACGAAAAGAUGUUCGGUAGCUGACUGGACGACGGUUUAUCAGAAUCUGCAGUGGGAGCUGAGCAACAACCAGAUCCUUCAGCCGAUUGGAAGCAUUCUUCUAUUGAGCUACUACGAUCUGCCUUACCGACUAAGGCGCUGCUUUCUUUACUGUUGCUUGUUCCCAGAGGACUACAAGAUAUGGUGUGGCAGGCUAACAAGACUGUGGAUGGCAGAAGGGUUUGUGGAGGAUGAGCAAGCCAAUGGCGUAACACCGGAGGAGGUUGCUAAGCGUUACCUUAUGGAAUUGAUCGGCCGAAACUUGCUUCAGUUUGUGGAUUCAGAAUUGUCUGUGAAUGACAGAAUGUGCAGGAUGCAUGACAUGUACCGGGAGGUCGGGCUUACAAUAGCAAGCCAAGAGAAGCUUUUCUUCAUCUGUGAUGUUGGAAACCCUGCGGCUGUGUCCAAUGAAGACGACUCAGAACAUCAUCAUCACCGUUUAUCAAUUCACCGAGCGAGUAAGAUUCAUAAACAAGACGUGCUGAGAUUGAUGGAUGGUAUGUCACGCAUUCGCUCUCUCUUCAUAUUCCCUAGCAAUGGAUGCUGUCAUUUCUCUUUGAGUGAACUGGAUUGCACGCAAUUCAGAAAGCUUAGAGUGUUGGAUUUCGAAGAAGCUCCGAUCGAGGAAUUACCUGACCACAUUGACAGUUUGUUCAAUUUGAGGUUCUUGAACUUGUUUGCCACUCCAGUAAAAAGGUUGCCCAGCUCAAUCGGAAGGUUACAAAACCUUCAAACUCUAGAUGUAGUGGGCACAAAAAUUCAAGCUCUCCCCAAAGAGGUCACUGAGUUGCAGAAACUGCGCCACUUGUUUACUGGCUACUCCAAACGAACAAUGGCAAGAGAUUGUGAUGGGCUACACGGCAUCAAACUUUCUGCAGGAUCAGACAUCGGCACUCUGAAGAACUUACAGUCCUUACGUCUGGUAGAAGCAAGUGGACAUCUGGUGAAGCAGCUGAGAUUCAUGACGCAACUCGUAGUACUCGGAAUAACCAACCUCAAGGGGCAAGCUCAAAUGAAUGACUUCUGCUGCUCGCUUAAGAACUUGAGCCUGCUACAACGGCUAACAAUUGGCACCGACAACGAUGUGGAGAUCCUUCGAUUGGAUCGACUUGGUCGAUCUCCUCCACUGCCACGCCUGCAAUACCUCAGCCUGUUCGGGAAACUGGACAAGUUUCCACGGUGGAUUUGCUCUCUUCCAAGCCUCGUCGACCUGCAGAUGCAUCGUAGUUGCCUGCCUGUGGAAGAGGAUCCGCUGAAACAUCUGCAUCAGUUGCAGAGUUUGAGCAGCAUUUUCCUGAACAAUGCAUGCCAAGGGACGGAACUGGUUUUCCCAGCAGGGUUUGCCAAUCUCAAAACAAUGGCACUCAAGAAUUUUCCAGGACUCAAGAGCAUGACAAUAGCAGAUGGAGCUAUGCCUGGCAUCAAAAUACUGCAGGUUUCUAGUUGCACGAAUCUGAAGACUGUACCACAAGGUAUUCAACAUCUGAACGAACUCGAGCAAUUGAGACUUGACAUCGUCCCCGCGGAGCUUGUGGAGAGCAUUUGUGGACCGGAUCGACGCUACGUUCAACACAUCCCUCUCGUCAGAUGUCAUUACUACUCAUCAUCUGGGAAAUACAUUCGCAAGAACUUGUUCUAGCCUAGUCAUGGUGAAGCUUUCCAGAUUCAGGCAGCUACCAAUUUGCAGCAUCUCGAAUAUUACCAGCAUGGCUCCGUCCUAAACACCUUUGUUGUUUAGAUCACCAAUGCAAGCAAGUUAUGAUUGGACUACGGCAGACGAGGAAUCAUGUAUAUAUUAUUUUGAUUAGCUUAUUUCAAACUAAGUAAAUGUGCACAACAUUGAAACGGAGAUAGAACGAGAUGGAAUUAAAGGCCAUUUUUAUUUUUUAUUUAAUUUUCUGGAAACUUACCUAGACAACAUCUUUUAUUUCUGCCCUUAGUCCUGUGAUAUGUUUAUUUUGUUCUUUUAGUUAGGUCUAUUUUCAUAUUGUUUCAGUUUUUGUGUCUUUUUAGAUUUUUUUGUUUGUUUGCCAAAGGUAUCCCAUAAAAUGGAAAAUAAAAAGAUACGAAAUAUAAGUACAAGAUCUUUGUAGGUUAAAACAGAAAAGAUAAAUAAGGAAGGACCGUCAGACGAUUCCAACGAUAAGAUGGAUUUUUUGGUCACGAUAUGCACAACCCUAAUAUACCUGUGCAUAAACUAUAAUUUUCUAAUAAUUCGUGAAUCGACGAUUCCGAUUAGAUUAGGAUAAAAUGGAUUCGAUUAUAAUGGAAUGAAUUGGAUUCAUAUUGUCACCUCUGAGUUCUAACUGCAAUCAUACACAUUCGUUUUUAGUUUUCUUUUUACGGUUUAAUAUUAUUCUUUGUUUGGAACAUAUGUAGAAUCUAUCUAUCUAUCUAUACUAUAUAUUAUGGCAAUUUAAAAUCAAUCUCUUGCCACAUAAGCACUUGGAUGAUCCACAAAUUGCCAAGUAGGACAACUUUUUUACAAACAAAAAAAAUUAGUUAUUAAUGUAUUUAUGAAGCUACCUCUCUCUUCUUUACUAUUUUCAAUUCUUUUAUCCAAUUAUUCUUUUUUUCUUUAAUAAUAAGUUACAUGUUGAUAAACUUAACCAAAAUAUUAUGGCAAUUUAAAUCAAUCUCUUGCCACAUAAGCACUUGGAUGAUCCACAAAUUGCCAAGUAUGACAACUUUUUUACAAACAAAAAAAAUUAGUUAUUAAUGUAUUUAUGAAGCUACCUCUCUCUUCUUUAAUAUUUUCAAUUCUUUUAUCCAAUUAUUCUUUUUUAUUUAUCAAUUUAUUCUUUUUUUCUUUAAUAAUAAGUUACAUGUUGAUAAACUUUUUCAAAAUACACAUAAAUAAUAAAUUUUUUUUGUCAAGUAAACAAAAUAUAAAUAAGAAAAUAGAGAGUGACAUAUAUCACAUUUGUUUAUAUAAAAAUAUUUGAUUAAACCUUAUGAAGUAAAUUUUCAAAAUUGAAAGAUAAUUUACAUUUUGAUGAAAAAAUUAAACAAACAUACACAUAAACAAUAAUAUUUUUGUCGAUUAAACAAAAUAUAUGUGAAAAGCGAGAAAAUAAACAUUUGGCAUUCAAUUACCUUUGAAAAAUAAACUAUAUUACUUUAUAUUUUCUUGCAAUGAAACAACUUUUAUUCGUAAAGUAUAUGUCUCGAAAAUAAAACAAGUAUUAUUUAGCAAAAUGUCAGAAUAUAAUCUUGAUCAAGUAGUUACAUUUAUUUAUAUAAAAAGGACUUCUUAUUCAUUCAGAUUAUGUUUCACCUUAAACUCCUCAAAUAAAGAGGAAUCACAUGUGCAAUAAUUUUAUAAUGUGUCCUAAGUUCAAAUUAAUAAUAGUUGAUCUAUAUCAUGUUGAUUGAACAAGCUCUAUUGAGUUCCUAAGUCGUAUGCUAAAAAAUUUUCUUUCAUAUUGGAGUUAUCUUCAACGAUUAUAAAUCAAAAUUUUCAAAAUGACCUAAGUAUGAUUAUUGACAAACUUUGACUUCAUACCCUAGGAUGAGACACAAGAUUCCUUGAAAGAUAACAUAUGUGAAGGUUAGAGAAAUCUUUGUUGAGAAUCUACGAUAAACAUCACGUUUCAUC